AUGAUGCUCAUCAAGGCUGGCUUACUAUUAGGUUACAACUGCACCACGUUCGCUUAUAGACAGACCGGCACUGGCAAAACGUACACAAUGGCUGGAGAGAUGACAGAAGAGUUUGGACUUCUAUCGGACAAUGCGGGGAUUAUCCCACGUACUCUCUACACACUGUUUGACAAGCUCAAAGGAAGAGAUAGCACGGUCAAGUGUUCCUUUAUCGAGCUCGAGCGGAAUGGCGUCGUUAACGGCAAUCUAUUGGUAAAGGGAAUGCAGGAAUCAUAUAUUGAUUCGCCAUCGGCUGGUCUUCAGCUACUCACAAUGGGUAGUCAGAAGCGACAGGUAGCAGCCACGAAAUGUAAUGAUCUUAGCUCCCGGAGUCAUACUGUUUUCACAAUACAUGUCCUCACCAAAACUAGUGAGGUGUCUUUCACGUCUGGGAAGCUCAACUUGGUGGACCUGGCUGGCAGUGAGAAUAUCCAGCGCAGUGGUUCUGAGAAAAAGCGAGCCGUCGAAGCCGGACAAAUCAAUAAAAGCUUCCUAACGCUUGGACGGGUCAUUAAUGUAUUGGUCGAUAAAUCUUCACAUGUUCCAUACAGAGAGUCAAAGUUAACAAGAUUGCUGCAAGAUUCUUUGGGUGGACGGACCAAGACCUGCAUAAUUGCGACUGUCUCGCCUUGUCUGUCUAACCAGGAAGAGACCAUAUCCACAUUGGACUACGCAUUUCGCGCCAAAAAUAUUCACAACAGGCCCCAGAUGAACACUCCUGUCCCCAAAGAUGCAUUACUCUCUGAACUCGCCUCUGAAGUCGAAAAUCUCAAGCGCAAUUUGAUAGCGACAAGGCAUCGAAAUGGCGUUUAUAUGACUUCCGACGCACAUGAAGAAAUGACCAAAGAAAACGAGUCCCAGCGGAUCAUCAACCAAGAGCAGAAGCAAAGGAUAGAAGCCUUGGAAUCAAACCUCAACCACAAGGCAGAAGAGUCGCUUGCAUUGAAGCGUCAGCUCCAAGAAUUACUUGUCGACAAUAAGGAGGCUCCUGUAGAGAUUGGUCGAAUGAAAGACACUCUUCACAAGGCUGAACAGACAUGGGAUAUCUCUGUUGCAGGAGUGUCGGAUUUCACCGAGAAACUGCAAACUCGGAUGAAAAGUUUUCAGGCCCAGCAGACCGGGCUUUUACGAGAUUUUUCGAACAAUCUCAGCCAAUUUCUCGAAAAUGAGAUGAUGGCCGCUCAGAAGAAUUCAAGUAUUCUUCAUGAUGUUCUCCUUUCCGUCGAAAAUAUGGGAAUGAGGUCUAAAGCGCAAACGUUGAAGGAUCAGACAGAAGCAGGGCUCGAGGAUCUCAAGGAAAUCAGUCAAAAAGUCAGGGCGAUGGUUGGCACAACCAUGAAUGAAGUCUCUCAAGCAAUUCGCCGAGUUACCGAAGGUCUUCAGGACGCUCUUUUGAAGUGCAGCAAUGAUUUUGAGAUGGCCUACACCACACUCCAGACAGAGAUAGAGUCUACAUUCGAGACAAUCAUCAGACAUCCUGAGGAGCAAAGCAUUCAGACCAGCGAGCUUCAGCUUCAGCUUCAAGAUGCUAACUCUCGAAUGAAAGAGAUGAAUCAUAAGACAUCAAUUGAUGUGGCUCGACUUCUGGAAGAAGAGCGUACUAGUGCCGAGGCAGAACGCCGUAACUUUCUAGACCAAAUUGCUGCACUCUACGAUCUUUCAUUACAGACACGAUGGAAUCGACUUCAGGGAAAUUACAGUACAAUCUGCAAUGACAUAUCAAGCUCUGGCGAUCUGAUGGAAGGUCUUGCAACGCACAGCCGGGUUGAUGAAUGUAUCACAAAGCAGAAGCAAAUCGCCGAAGAGAUCAUUCACCUCAGAAGCCAGCUGAAAGUGCGCAUGGAGCAAGAUAAGAAGACUAUUAAUAACGAGCACCUUUCCGCCCGACGAGCUGUGCUAUCUGCGCAGAAAGAUCUACAGCAAACCGUGGAAAAUGGCGAGGAUGGGUUUGACGAGCCAGUGGCGCUCUGGGCUCAAAAAUUGGAAAACACGCAAUCGCAUAAUAACAAGCUCAUCGAUGCAUAUCUUAAUAAAUCCAACACCUUGGAGGCCACUGUGCAGCAGUCAUGCUCGAUGGUGAAAGGGCAACGUGAAACAGUUCUUCAAAGUUGUGGAAAAUUUCAGGAAGAUAUGUUACUGCGAUCAGAUUCGAUAGAGCAGCCUAUUGCCACCUUGGAGAAAGAUAUUUGCGAGCCCCUGUCCCAUCUGCAAGAGAGCAUACGGAAUCCUAUAUUUCUGAUAAGUGCCUGUCUGAAACGACCGCCUGAGUCCACAAAUACCUCGCCUCAAGAUGUAAAUAUGGCCUCAUUGACCUGUUCGGUACAUGAAGGACCACAGGAGAAGAAUUUUCAUGAUAGGCAACAGCUAACUGACAGCGACCGAGGGGGGAUUCCUCCCUGGAUACCUGAUAAUCCUGUUGAGCAACCAUGCUCCGAGGUACCGUCUGACAACGAUGAACCUCGUAUAAAACGGCGUCGGAUUUAA